AUGUCGAAUGGCUAUAACGUAGCACUGCUGAUGUGUGGAACUCCCACGGAGAUGGUUGGAGCCGUGACGGACAAAAGUAUCCUCAGACAGUUUUACCCAGACGGGAGCGCAGUGGAUCUCCUCAGCCUCAGUAAAGAAACUUUGCAGCUCGUAAUCCAUCCUGUACUCGGAAGUGUUGUAGAAGGUUUGUCCGAGGUGUGUGUAUGUUCAGCAGAGGAAGCCUGUGAUGUUUUCAAAGCCUGCAGGGAGUCAAUGAAAACCAACCCAGGAAGCCUUUCCAGCCGAUGCAGUUCCCUGUUCUCAGUGACAGCUGAGUGGAAACUCCAUCCGGAGCAGGCGGAGUCGGAUGUCUGCUGCAGCAAACUGCAGCUGUUCAGCCUUGCGGGAGGAGCCAGCAGGACUGACCUCAGGGGAGUCAUCCCGCUGUUGAAGGUCGUAGACCAGACACUAAACUCACCUCCUGUAGUCAGCCACAGCCUCCUUCAUGAAUUGCUUAAAGACGCACUUACAGGAACCAACAGGACAUUUCUCAUCUACUGCAUCAACCCUCAAGGUUUCCUUGAUGAUGAAACUCAAUCUGCUUUACAUUUGGCUCAGAAAGUGAGAGGAUUAGUCACUAAACCGACUUCUGUUUGCUGGAAUCCGAGGACAACUGAGCAGGAGCUUCGCGAAAGGAUCAUGGAGCUACAAAAUGUGCUGCUGCUCGGGGAGAGAGAGGUGCAGAGCAUUUACAAGUUAGCUCAGCUGACUCAGAACCUGAAGAUAGUGAAACAUCAGUCGUGGGAGAAGAGGAGAGAGAAGUCAGAGAGAAUAAAAGCCAAAAUUAAGAAAUCAUCAAUCGGCAGCCACCAACUUUCUGUAGAUUGUCUCAUCAAAGAGAAAGGAAGUACAGAAAUGGCUAAACAUCUGCAGGAAAAGUUGAGACAAGAAAUGGAGGAACACAUCAGAGAAGGUGAAAGCAGCACAGAAAAGGUCCAGGAGCGGGUAACCAGAAUCCAACAGCAGAAGGAAGCUCUGAGAGAAGAAGCACUGAAGAAUGGGAAUGUCUCAGCAAAAUCCCAAUUCUGUCAACAAUCUCAGUUGGAAUACAAUGAAGCGCAGGAGCGGAGGAGGCAACUUAAGGAGGAUCACACAAGAUUAAUUCAGGAGGAGGUGGCGAAGAUGGAGAGAGACUUGGCGCAGGAGCAGCCGCCGACAGAAAGCCCUCAGAGGGAGCUGCUGGUGCUGAGCAGAGAGAGGCAGGUCCUGGUGAUGCAAAUAGAGGCGCUUCGUGCUGAGGCCCAGCAGGCAGAAAGCGACCUUCAGGAUCAGCACCACAGACACCAAACGGAGCUGCAUUGUUUGAGGGAAGAGAGCCUACAGGUGUUCCGGGCGUUUCGUCAAGUUAGCGAGGAGCAGAGGAAGAUUUCAGAGGGAAGAUACAGGAGUGUGUUGCUGGAAGCUGUGCAGGAUGCCAUCUACCUGUCUGCUCAGAAUCAGCAGCUGCAAGCUGAAAACAAGGAACUUCGAAAAGCAGUGGGGGAGAUUAAAGACGCUCUUGCUGUGCGAGGAGAUCCUGCGACUCACCUGAUAAACCUGCAUCAAUGAGUCUCAUACUGAAAACGCGUGUUGGUUAAUGGUUCAGAAACUUUAUUGGUCAUAAACGCAACAUGUAACAUUUUAACCUUGAUGUUGUGUUUUAAAGAUGAUCUGGUUUAUGAUUAUGGAUCCUUGCAGCAUGUCUCUGCAACAAUGUAACUGUGUAGCAAACAAAACAUAACAUUUGA